GCUGACCGCUGAAAUUCAAAAUAAAGUUCUCCAGCUGAAGAUGCGAAUGGCGUAAUUUACAAACAAAUGCCAAUGAUUUUAAAUUUCAUUCAUGUAUGACAAAGAUAAACAAUGGACAAUAAUAAAAGAAAAGCACUGAUUGAAUGGGUUAAUUCAUUAGUUCCAAGUAAUUCUAUCAGAUCAGUUUUAGAUUUACAAGAUGGAAAAGCUUUUAUACAACUUUUACAGCUAUCAGAUGAAUGUUUAGUUCCAGAAGCACCACAGACAGCUCAACAAAGAUUAGAUUUGGUAAAACAGUAUUUAGAAGGAUUUUAUUCAGUGUCACUACUGCCUGGAAGUACUCUCCUAGACUUCAAGCUUAUUGUUCAGGACAGUGUUAACAGAAAAGACAAAGAAUGGGAACUUGGAAAGAUAUUAUUAGCAUUGUUAGAAGCAUGUGUACUAGAGAAGAAGAACAAUACAUUUGUAACCACGGCAACAAGUCUCCCGGAAUUAGUACAGAUGGAGAUUAUGCAAAUGUUACAGCCAUUGAUCAUCAAUGCUCAAGACGUUGGUAACCACUUGACUGAAGACUUUGCUGAUAUUCUUACUAAAACUACAGUUACCCAAGGCAACAUGAGUCGAGUGACGUCAACACCAAAUGUGGACCAUUCUUUCAGCUUUAGUAGAUUUUCAAAUCAUGGUACUGGUUAUAAAUGUAUUUUCAAGGUUAAAGUAGUUGUAUUGUCAGUUCAUAGGGUUCACUUGGGAUACUAA